ACGUGACCGACUUCCGCUUGGAGUUUUCGCGACAGCUGGAGAGCGGUUGUACCGCGGGAGUAUCAGGGUCGAAUUUCUAUACUCUUUAAUUACUGCUCCAUCCUUUUAAAAUGGGCGAUAAGAAGAGUCCGACAAGGCCAAAGAGGCACUGCAAGCCGCCGUCAGACGAAGGCUGCUGGGACUGUAGCGUCUGCACUUUCAGGAACACCGCCGAGGCGUUCAAGUGCAUGAUGUGCGACGUCAGAAAGGGCACAUCCACACGGAAACCUCGUGCCGUUUCACAGCUUGUGGCUCAGCAAGUACCUCCGCAGUUUGCUUCACCCACACAGCCCAAAAAAGAGAAAAAGGAAAAGACGGAGAAGGACAAAAACGACAGGGAGCCAGCAAUGAAAAAGAACAGCCACAAAAAGAUGAGGCCAAGGUUAAAAAAUGUUGACAGAAGCAGUGCACAGCACUUGGAAGUCACAGUUGGAGACCUAACAGUCAUCAUCACAGACUUUAAGGAGAAAGCAAAGCCCUUAUCCUCCUCCACAAGCUCAUCCUCCUCCACAGCCACGUCAGCAGACCUGCGCAGCCAAAGUGGAUCCAGCUCGGAUAACACUGAGAGAGCAGUCUCCAGGUCAUCAUCUCCUCGGGGUGAAGGCUCAUCAGUCAACGGAGAAGCACACUAGCCUCUGAUAAACCCGACGUUUUACCGAAGGUCAAAGAUAUUCCCGCACAUAUCCCCAAUCUUUUUUUUUUUUUUUUUUUUUUUGACUGAACUGGAUGGGGCUUGGAGUUUCCCACAAACAGUCACUGCACUAAGAUCAUACGAAGGUCUCAGUCGAGUACCAAGAAGUUAUAAUGCUGCCCAUGUUAAGCAAACCCAUCAGUGAGCUUUCUGAAUACUGUUUAAGGGACUGUUUGAUCUGAUUAACAUCUCUUCCUUUCUAAACUCAUGGAACAGCUUGCUGGCACAAAGACCGUUACAGAUGUGUGUCUGGAAGUAAAGAGAAUGUACAAGUGGUACUUUCUAAGCGCUUUCUCACCUGACUGGUAAUUUAAAAAAAAGAAAGAAAAGAAACUGGAGGUUUCAGUGGUCUUAGAUCCAGGACAUCACAAACAUGGGGAUUGAGACUGAGCUCCACUAAUAGAAUAUAUGGCCAUAAUAUUGUGAAUUUCAACAAUGUUGGUAUUGUUCAUUCUUUAAUGAGGAAUAUUUUGGUAUGAAUUUCUCAAAAGUGGAAAGUUUACAGAAUAUUAAUGUGAAGAGUUUUAAUAGGGAUGCAUCAGUACUGAUACUGGUAUUGGGUAACAUUGUGAUACCAUGCUGACGUAUGCAUUCUUGCAGCAAUAUCAGUAUCCGAUACCACCAUGUCAUGGAAGCCUAAUGGCAUGUUAAUGACCAGACAACAUGAAAAGACGGUAAUCUAUCAGUUAAUGUAUUUCAUGAUUAAUACUUGAAGCAAACACAGACAGCAAAUGGCACUCUGUGAGAAUAUUGCAUUAACAGCAUCUUUAGUAUAAAAAAAAAAACGUGUGACUUUUAAGCUGUGCGCAUAUGUUUCCUGUGCAUACCGAGCAUUAUUACUAAGCCUGGUCAUUAAAAAUAACCACAGGCUACUGUGAAUUGCAUGAUAACAAUUAUAUCCACCACCAUGGAGCAGUGAAACGAGCAUGCCGAGAACCUGACAUGCACAUGACAGCACUUGAGUUCUGCGAGCACUGAGACAUGCACACUUUCUUCCCCUCGGCUCGGUUUCCCACUAGGUUUUACACUUUGCUCGUGAGUGAAGGUACAAUUCGCAGCACACUGGCCUCAUUAUUAAUGACCACUUUUCCUAAUGCUACUCUGUGAUACGGAAACAUACAACUUGGCACAGGAAGUUCAUUUCCAACAUGAACAAAAUAAAAUAAUCAUGGUGCUCCUGACAGAUUAAUACUAAGUAGAUAACUCAUUUCAAUGUCUAUCGAGUAUCAAAAACAUGCUCGUAAAAAACAGUAUUGAUGCAUCUCUAGUUUUAUGUAAUGACUUGUGGUUAGAAAUGAUCAGACACGGCACCUGGUGGUGUUUUCAUGUUUUGAGAAAGUUGUACGCUAGUUACUUUAUCAGAUUUUACAGCCAGAGUUUUAUUAAAAAAAAAAAAAAAAAAAAAAAAAAAAGUUUUAUUGCUUAUCACUUUACUACACUGUACAUCUUGUGUAUAGUGAUCUAAAAAGGGUCGAAAAUGAGAACUCUUUCCUUGGGGGUUUACUGUUGUUGAGCAGCUUGUAAACCUUAAGGGUUUCCCCCACCAUUGUGUUCUGUAUGUCCAUCAUCAGCAUGCGGAGGAAAUACAAUUACAGACAGAUGUAUAAUUGCAGGUGUGCAUCCUUGCGUUCCCGCUGGAUGCAGUGAAUGUUGCUGAGAAGGUUUGGAGUGUCCUUUAUUUUUAUUAUUAUUGUUUUUUUUUUUAAAUAUUAUGCACUGCACUGUGUUAACCCCUGACCAUUUUAGAUCCUCUUCCCCCAAACUCACACUUUUGCAAUAUGAACUUAAAAGCAUUUUUUUUUUUUUUUUUUUUUAGAUAAUUAUAUUGGUUAGAGUGCUUAAUAGGAAACUGUAGAUCUAUUUUCCAUGUUGCUUAUGUCUGUAAAAGAAAGCAGUUUGAUUAUAAAGUGCUUAGAGGGUUUUUUUUUUCAAGGAAAGCCAUUUUUCUCAUAAAGGUUUAAGUAUAUGAAAAUCCUUUAUACAUUUCGCAUAAAGGGUUUAUAUUAAAAUCAAACUUUACUGUGGUUCUUCUCGGUUAAGGUUUAUAUUGCAUUUCCAAAUAAAAUGAAAAAUAUUCUAAAGUA